AUGAUCUGUAUCAAAACAAAACUUUAUUUAAUUCUUAUCAUGGUGCUAUUGGCAAUCUACUGUCAUGCUGGUCCUCGUGGUCUUCCUGCUCCUUCGCAUGACGAUGCUACUGCUCCUGAUGAUGCGGGUCCGCGAUUCGUUGCUCGUCAUGUUUAUGUUGGUCUGGCUAUUCUUAUUCCAGCUAUUAUUGUUCUUACUGUUGUUGCAAGCGCUCUUCCGCUGGAUUAUAACGAAUAA